AUGUCAUCAUGUCACCAUCACCAUCACGAUCACCCUCACAUCACCCCCCUCCACAUCACCAUCACCCCCCUCCACAUCACCAUCACCCUCACAUCACCCCCCUCCACAUCACCAUCACCCUCACAUCACCCCCCUCCACAUCACCAUCACCCUCACAUCACCCCCCUCCACAUCACCAUCACCCUCACAUCACCCCCCUCCACAUCACCAUCACCCUCACAUCACCCGCACUCCCACAUCAUCAUCCCCACCACCAGUUUUGUGGUGGUGCAAGUGGGGUGGGGGUUCUGUGACAUGACGUGCCCUGCUGGUUCCUACCUGGACGGGGACAAGUGUCGCAAGUGCAAGCCCGGCACGUACAGCAUGGGGGGAGGGAUCCGUUUCGAUGCUUUCUAUGAGCUUGAUGACCGGUUGUUCCAGACGGACUGCACCCACUCCAACUCCUCCGGUUCAUUCAAGUGCGACGGGUGGUAUGCAGCAGACGGCCAGUUCAAAGCCGGCCCGUACGACCCACCCAAUGAAUGGUAUCCGGACGACUGCUCCCUGGGAUCCUACAACUGCCACAACAACCUGCGUGCGUCGCUGCGCAUGCAAGUGGAGCUCAUCACAUCGGGCUACAUCCGGUACAAGUUCACAGUGAGCACGGAGCACAAGUUUGACGGGCUGCUCUUCUUCCUCGACUCCUCGCCAGAGCCUUUGAUGGGGCUCGAAUCCAACCAGUUCGACCCAAUGGAGGUGCAGAUAAUGCUGGAGCCGGGCAUUCACACGCUGGAGUGGGUUUACUACAAGGACUCCAAGUUCACCAAGGGGAGGGACUCCGCUGCCCUGCAUCUGAUAGAGGUGGGAGGCAUUGAUUACACGGACCGGCAGUGCUUCCCAUGCCAGGCAGGCUUCUACAGUGCUGCUGCUGCUACUGCUGCUGCUGCUGCUGCUGCUGCUGCUGCUGCUGCUGCUGCUGCUGCUGCUGCUGCUGCUGCUGCUGCUGCUGCUGCUGCUGCUGCUGCUGCUGCUGCUGCUGCUGCUGCUGCUGCUGCUGCUGCUGCUGCUGCUGCUGCUGCUGCUGCUGCUGCUGCUGCUGCUGCUGCUGCUGCUGCUGCUGCUGCUGCUGCUGCUGCUGCUGCUGCUGCUGCUGCUGCUGCUGCUGCUGCUGCUGCUGCUGCUGCUGCUGCUGCUGUUCUUGGUUUGGCCAGCAUUCUGGGUGAUUAUUAUGCCAGCCCCACACUCUCUGCUGGUGAUUAUGCGCGCAUUGCACUUGCACCAUCCACGUGUACUAUGUACCGCCGCAGGGAGGGCUGGCCAGAGUGCAAGCCAUGCAGUGCUGAAGAGUACGCGCAGUCGCCUCCUCGAGCCAACUGCUCUGCCAGGCCUCGUACCUCCUCUCCUCUAUCUCGCUCCCUCUGCUCUCUCCCCAUCCCUCCCUCCCUUUCCCCUCUGCCACUAAGCCUGCUGCUGCCUGUCUCUCCACCUCCUUUUCCCUGCCUCCUCGACAAUUCUCCAGCUUGCAACGUGACAACCGAUGCCGCCCCUACCUACGGCAACUGUAGCGCAGUGGACAACCAGAGAAUCAAGACCUGGGCAUGGCUCACUCCCCACAUCUGUGCGCCCCUCUCAGAGGACGAGGACCUUCCUGCUGACACGCACGAGCCGUGCCCGCCAUGCCCUUCGGGUCAAUACUCUGUGGAGGACAGCACCACGCGCACCCGACUCUGCCACUUCUGCCCACCGGGCCUGGCACGAAACGCCUCUGUGUCUAAAACAGACAAGGCGUGCCGCAAGUGCCCUCCGGGAGAGGUGGCGGUGAAGGCCCUCACCAUGGAUCACUUUGAGCUGCACCGGGGGAAGCUUCCUGACGGUUUCGUGACCGGGUGCAGCGGGGACUGUGGUUCGCUGGGGUGGAGAGUGGUGAACGGGAAGCUGGACUCUGGCAGCAACCACGGCAAGAGUGCCUCUGUGUGGCUGUCCUAUGACGUCAGCAUGGCAGUGGACGGGCACGUCACAUUCGCCUAUGAUGUGGACAUUCCUCGGGGGGACCUGCAAAGGGGGCUCUUCUUUUAUGUGGAUGACCAGCUUGUGCUGAACAUUGAGGACGACCCGGGUGCUGACUCAGCAGCGCCAGCCGGCCCGACAACCAGCGACACGUGGCCGCUGCCAGCUGGCAACCACAGCCUGAUGUGGAUCUGGGUCACGCUCAACGCUGACAAGGCGAUCGCCAGGCGGGAUUCGGCGGAGAUCCUGGACAUCACCGUGUGGGGCAGCACUGUGGGGGGUGCGCCUGCCUGUGUGCCCAUUCCCCCCGGCACUGCCCCGGAUGCUGCCACCCUUACCUGGAAGGCCUGUCCGCCUGGAGAGUACAGCGAGGGAUCGGGCCUGCCGUGUGUAAAAUGCCCUGCCAACACCUUCAACCCAAGACCCACGGGCACACACUCCUCCUGCCUCCCCUGCGGCCCUGGCACCUCGUCUCUCCCAGGCAGCACUGCUUGCACUGUUGGUGACAUCACUGUUCCCUCCUCCUUCUGCACCUUCCAAGUAGUUUCUGAUCUGAACCCCCCCAGCAGCAGCAGCACAAGUGAAGCUAAUGCUAACACCGCCACCAACACUACCGCCACCACCAGCACCCCCUCCCCCUCCAUUCCAUCCGCCUCCUCUCCAAUCGUCUACGAUCUCUCCCCGCUCUCCCGCGUCCAUCCUGGCCGCAUGUUUGGGCCGAUCUUUGAGGAUCCAACGGCUGCGGAUCGCCAGCACGGGCCCCUGUAUUUUGUGUGUGUGUGUGCUGCCCCUGCAGGCAACACAGAGAGGGGGGAGAGAGAAGGGAAGAGCACAGAAGUAGGGCAGGGUGCGGAGGGAGGGGGUGGUGGGGAGGGGAAGGAGGGGAAGAAGGAGAAGGGAAGGGCGAUGGAGUGUACAGAUGCAGAAGGCAAGCCGAUAGCGACCAUGGCAUGUCGGGUGAAUCCUCAGGUGAUGCUGGACGAGCAGCACAGAGGAUCCCACAGCCUAGGCGACCGUGUCUCCCUCUUCCCCCUCUUCCCCCUCUUCCCCCUCUCGCACCCCCCAAACGCCACCGACCCCCUUCCCCACCGUCCCGACCCCAUCCUUGCGCGGAGGGGGUUGGUGAUGGUGCUGGAAGGGGAGAGAUGCCCUUUCUCCGUGCAGGGGGGAGGGGGGGAGGGGAGCAGCCCCCAAUCUCCUCUCUUCCCUCCCCCCUCCCUCUCCCAGGCAUCGGCCACCCCUCCCCCUGGACAGGAGAAGGCAGGCGUGCAGCAUUCAACGCGCAUCGGCCACCCCUCCCCCUGGACAGGAGAAGGCAGGCAGGCAGCAUUCAACGCGUCCCUGCCCUUCCCCGCGUGGACCAAGCGGGGGGGCGACUCAGUCCCCGUCACGCAGGGGGGAGACGGGGUGGUGCCGGGGUGUGCAUAUGAGCUGGCAUGGUACAGUGCGUAUGCGUGCCCUCUGUGCUCUGAGGGGGAUGUGGAAGAGGUUCCAGUGGCAGACUGCCAUAACAACAAGCGAUCCACGUUCAAGUACCGGCAUCCAAGGGUGAGUGUGGGUUUGUGUGGGGGAGGCGAUGGGAUGGUGCCGGGGUGUGCGUAUGAGCUGGCGUGGUACAGUGCAUAUGCUUGCCCUCUGUGCUCUGAAGAAGACGUGGAGGAGGUGCCAGUGGCAGACUGCCACAACAACAAGCGAUCCACGUUCAAGUACCGGCAUCCAAGGGUGUGUCAGCCCAACGCCCAGGCGCCUCUUCCUCCCGACCAGCUAUGCUCCCCAUGCACUGCAGACGACUACAGUAGCUUCGAGCAAAGCUGCACCGACAGCGCGGGCAACCACAACGUCUCCUACUCUUGGAACCUGCCCAAAAACUGCAGCGAGAACCUGCCCGGAGCGGCGAAACUGCCUGAAAAUAUCAUUGUUGGAGAGUGCCUGUUCCAGGUUCGUUACAUCCCGGCGAAAUACCUCGCUCCGAAAUACAUAAUCAUCACAGCGGCUGGAGCUACUAUAAUUGUGAUGCUGGCGGUGAUGUCGGUGGUAACCUGGUUACGCAGCAGGAGAGUGUAUUCUAUGUACUCCCAGCUGGUAGCAGAGGAAGUGCAGCUUGAGGCGGAACUGGCAGCCAUGGCAGAGGAGGCAGACCAGGAGAGAGAAGAUAUGCUUUUCAACAGAGACCGUAGUUACUCAUCAUAA